AUGGGCUUAAACUGGUAUCAAGGCGGGGGCGUUAUCCUCACUAUCCUUGCCGUCAUUUACAUCCUUGGCCUCAUCAGGUUCUAUUGCUGGAUACCAAAAGCACAGACUAAGGACGAAGAGCAAGGAAACAUCGUCAUAAGUCGGGAGGAAAACUAUGAAGGCAUAUUUGUCAAUCCCCGUCCGGAACAGAAUCCCCAUCAGCCUGUGCCGUCUAACACUCCUAUUUCCCUUCGUGCGCCCCACAAGACUCUGCCUCCGGCUUACAAGACUGUGCCUACUCCUCCGCCUUGUUAUACUCCGGGACUCAAGGUUUUUAAACCAGACUCAACAAAGCCAUCGUCUGUAUGA